AGCGGUGUGACCAGUUACACUAUAGAUGACAGCUAAAGUGGUCGGGGUCGUCGAGGGGGCGAGAAUCUGUCUAUGCCAGACCCUGCCUCAUCUCGUUCACCAAUUCCCCCUUGCCAGACCAGUUUCCCAUAGGGUCGUGAAUGCUCUGUGCGCGACGGACCUUCGCUCCCCUCAAGGCGAGAUUGUGCGAAACAAGGUCCUUUCUUUAGACCUUGGUGCGAAGGAAACACGGUCCGUGACAGUGUUGUGGCAAAAGAAUUUUUUUUUUUGUACGUGUUCGAUUCGCAGGUGCAGAGAUUAAUUGGUAAUCUAAAAUAAGACAGUUUUAUAUGCCUGAUCGCAAAUCAGUUCGAACACGUACUUUGUAAAAUUCUGGCAUUGCUCAUCACAGCCUCUCUCUCUCUCUCUCUCUCUCUCUCUCUCUCUCUCUCUCUCUCUCUCUCAUACACACACACACACACACUCAGAAACACACAGUCACCGGCUCAUUCAUCAGACGAAGGCACCAAUAUCCUGCUGCACUGGGCACACAGGCCAGGAUCCAGGAGUCGACUAAAACAAAGGACAGAACCUCAAGUUUCAAGUUCUUAUGUGAAAGUCUGGAAUGCUGUUAAUCACUUAGAUAUCUGAAGCAAAUUAUAUCUUUGGAAGGCAGCAAGUGGCUACAAAACUUUGUCACAAAAAAUGCUAACAAAUGGAAAGACCAAGGAAAGGUACAUUUCAAACAACCGUGAAACUAGUGGUGAUGAAGAUUAUACCCGUUUUAAUUUAAUUCUGUUAACAAAUAUUCAGAGCAUCCAGUGAACGUGAUCAAAUUAAUUUUCACAAACAAAAGAGAAAAAUACUUAAACAUUUUAGUAGCAAAAAUGAGUCUAAUAAACAUAACUAGCAAUGAGGACAUCGAGUUUGAGGCUCAACUAUUUGUAGACUACCCACCAAAACUACUGGACUUUGCAUCGUCCUGCUGCAUUCUCUUCAUAAUUCUUGGUGUUCCUGGGAAUCUCAUCACAAUUAUUGCUCUUAUAAAGAGUAAAAAGCUCCGUAAUGCAACAGCCGUAUUUAUAGUAAACCUCACUUUGUCUGAUCUGCUGUUUGGUGUCUUCAACUUACCAUUAGCAGCCUCUUUGUUUGGUCAUCGAGCGUGGGUGCAUACAAGAUUCCUGUGCCUGCUGUUCCCAAUCCUACGCUAUGGACUGCUUGCAGUUUCUGUGUUCACAGUGCUAGCUAUCACCAUUAAUCGCUAUGUUAUGAUUGCUCACCAAAGAAUCUAUGGCAAAAUGUAUACAAAGAUCUCCAUAGCCUUCAUGGUACUUGCAACAUGGAUAGGAGCAUUUGGUGCUCUUGUUCCAACUCUACUGGGUGUCUGGGGAACUUUUGGACUAGAUGCAAGUAUUGGGUCUUGUACUAUCUUACCAGAUGCUGAUGGUAAUUCUCCUAAAGGGUUCUUAUUUGUCUUUGCAUUUGUGUUACCUUGCUUGGCUAUAUGUGUGUGCUAUGCACGAAUUUUCUGUAUUGUUCACAAAGCCUAUGUUAAGACCCACAGUCACCAAAAGAGGCCUAGCAUUGCAAACUCUAACUGUAACAGCAGUAAGCCAUUGCCCACUUCAAAAGACCAACUAUCUUUCCAAGCACUUCAGCGUCCAGAACUUAACAUCCAAGUAGAAAUACCUACAGUCCAUAACUCUCUUCUUAGGGGUACAUUCCAGUCACCAAAAAACAAUAUCUCACAAAAUGCACAAGAAAAAGAUAUGAAAUCUAUUAACCUGGGACACAGGUAUUCACUUAAGUCUUCUGCAAUUCAUCUGUACAGAGAUGCCUCCUUGGGAACCCCUCAGCAUUCAUUAUAUGAAGCAAAUGACAUUUCUAAUUCUCUGACACAGCAGAAAACCUUGACACAAUCAAGAAUAACACAUGAUGAAAGAAGUUUUACUGACACUGAAAUUUCUCUAUCAAGUGAAGCAGUUUCUCCAAUAACAGAUAUCCGUGAGACAAAAGUUAGGGCUGAAAGAAGACUCUCAGAAAAAUCAAGCAAAAACACAAACAACUUACCUUUUCAAGGUACAAUACGCAGGAGGCGUGCAGCAUCUCUGAUUAACAGGCCCCAAACCCUAAGCGCUAAAGACCGUCGUCUCCUCAAAAUGAUUUUGGUGAUCUUUAUUUCCUUUGUGGCUUGUUAUCUGCCCAUAACAUUUAUAAAGAUCCUUGGAAUGGAUGACAAUCCUGUACUGAAUACCUUGGGACUUUUACUCAUAUAUAUGACCACUUGCAUUAACCCAAUUAUCUAUGUAUUAAUGUCAUCUGAGUACCGCCAAGCAUACGUAAGUCUCUUGCGAUGCAGUCGUGAUGCUGAUCCCCACAAUCGUUCUGGAUCUUGAACAGCUGCCUAUUUUAAUUGAAAGGUUAUGUAAGGUCUGUGACAUUAACCUUGUCAUCCUACAUUCUCUCAGCUUUGAGGAAAUUUUUAAACUAAAUGAUUUAUCCUCGAAGACAAGAAAUAGGUACUCAAUAAAAUUUCCAUUCUAUUCUACACACAUGAAAGUGGCUAACAAUACAAAUGAGAUAUAAAUAAAAAAUUUUCAACAAUUAUAAUUAAAGCCUCUUCUUUUCAAAGUGCACAAAGGAAUCCAUUCACACUGCUCUCACAACUUGAUCUAAGGCUGCUUAUAUCAAGAGAUUAUAAAGAUUCUGAAUCUUGUUAAGAUGAGAAUAAGAAGGGAGAGCCAUACUGAAAUUCUCAAUAUAUUGUUUUUUUAGUGCUCAAACAUAUUUGUUUAUAGUUAUAGUGGCAUGCAAACUUGUAAGAUUAACAUUAUCUGCUUUAUAAA